AUGGCGCCAAAAAAGAAGCAAGAGAAGAUGAACCUGGGGGAGUUCCUGACCAACCAGUCCUUGGGAUCAUGGGCAGACGAGAUGGAUGCCCAGCCAAUGCCCUCGGCGACAUCUGGCUACAGUGUUAACCGGGAUAGAGGUGACAGAGAUCGUGACGGUGGAGAGAAGCGCUCUUUCACGCAACCAGCGUGGGAGUCGGCCCGUGGUGGAGCAAGCACCGGCGGCGGUAUGGGUAUGGGUGGAGGUAUGGGCGAUAGAGGUGCAAGCUACGACCGUCCACGAUACAACGACCGCGAGCAGCUGCCUCUCCCGACUCGUCCUCCUUACACCGCCCAUCUAGGCAACUUGACCUAUGAUGUCUCACAAGCUGAUGUUGAGGGGUUUCUUUCCGAUUGCGAGGUCACGAGUGUCCGCCUCGUCGAGGACAAGUUUGAUCGCAAGCCGAAAGGCUUCGGUUAUGUCGAGUUUGGCAGCCUCGAAGGGCUGAAGACUGCCUUGACCAAGUCCGAGUCCUCUUUCAUGGGACGCAACGUCAAGAUUAGCGUCGCCGAGCCGCCGAAGGACCGCCCAGAAUCAUCCCGCGAUUUCUCCGACUGGUCUCGCAAAGGUCCUCUGCCAGAGCUUCCACAAAACACUCGCCAGCCUUCGGGCCGUGGCUUUGGUCGCAGCUUUGACGACCGCUCAGAUGCCGGUAGCGAGCGUGGUGGCAGCAGACGUCCUGCAUUCUUCGAAGGUGACAGCAAGCCUCGCGACCUCGGCAACUGGGAGCGCAAGGGUCCUCUCUCGCCAGUGCCAGGUGUAGGACCACCCGUCCGUGACGGUGGCAGGCUAAGGGAAGGCCCACCAUCGGGCGAGAGGAGAAGAAGCCCGGCAUGGGGUGAAGGCAGAUCUGAUGCAGGUUCGAGGCCACCAAGGAAGGAGUUCGAGGCAGCGAAACCGGCAGUUGAGCGUGCUCCAACUGCGGCAGAGCAGGACAACCAGUGGCGUUCGCGCAUGCAGCCAGAUCAGCCUGCUACACCUGCUGCAGAGGAGCCGAAGCCAUCAGCACCCACAUCGCCAGUCCCACAAGCGCCGAAAGAGCGCCCACGACUGAACCUCGCCAAGCGUACUGUCUCCACAGCUGAGCCAGCGGAGGGUGGUGCAUCAUCUGCUUCUGACUCAAAGGCAUCACCAUUCGGCGCAGCUCGACCAAUCGACACUGCAGCCAAGGAGCGUGAGCUUGAGGGGAAGCGCGAGAUCGCUCUCCGUCAGAAGUCUGAGGCUGAUGCCAAGGCUAAGGAGGAGAAGGCUGCACAAGAUGCUGCAACUCGAGCUGCUCGUGCUGAGCGUGCAGACAAGGGUCAGGCUCAGGAGGAAGUCUCAUCGCCGACUGGUAAUGCGCCGCAGCGUAACAACGACCGUGGCCCUCGUCGCCCAUCCCGUCAACAGAGUCAGCAGAACGGCGCUCGUGGAAGCCAGCCAAAGGAGAACGGUGACACACCACCACAGAAGGAGCGUCCCAACUUCAGCAUCUUGUCCCACGAAGGCGAGAGCGGGGAAGAAGAUGCAGCUGCGCAAGAAGAGCAUGAAGGCGAGCUAGACGCUCCCGACGGCGCCGCGAACGGCAUCAUCACUGGCGACAAAGAGACCAAGCCCCAGGAGAUCACCCGCGAGGUGCCCAAGAACGGCGCAGCGCAGGAUGCCGACACAACAGCCGAGGCAAUGGAAGACGAUGGCUGGAGCACCGUCGCCGCCAAGCCAAAGAGUGGUCGUCGUGGUGGUCAGCGCGCCAUGGCUUCUUAG